CUCAGCCGGCACACACACAUACAUUUGGUUUGACAACGUUACGUCAGUUCAGCCCUUUAAUCAAAUGAUCUGCCCGUUUGCCUGUCUUUUAUGAAAACUCUUCGAUAGCCAAAGUCGCGUAGACACAUACAGAAGGACCCCAGAUCAGAUGGCUUCCCAGAACAAAAGCAAUGGAUUGAGCAACAAGGUGACCACCGUGGUGGCCACGAAUGCCUACGGUGCGGAUGUGAUGACCGAGAUCAGCUACACGGAUGCCAAGGUGGUGGGCAACGGCAGCUUCGGUGUGGUCUUCCAGGCCAAAAUGGUGCCCAGCAACGAGCAGGUGGCUAUUAAGAAAGUCUUGCAGGAUCGGCGCUUCAAGAAUCGGGAGCUGCAGAUUAUGAGGAAGUUGCGUCAUGACAAUAUCAUCACUCUCAAGUGGUUCUUCUACUCGAGUGGCGAAAAACGCGACGAGGUUUACCUGAAUCUGGUAAUGGAAUUUCUGCCUGAGACCCUCUACAAGGUGGAGCGCCAGUACGCCAGAUCCAAGCAGACCUUGCCGGUGAACUUUGUCAGACUCUACAUGUACCAGUUGCUAAGGAGCAUGGCGUACCUCCACAGCUUGGGAUUCUGCCACAGGGACAUCAAGCCCCAGAAUAUGCUCCUCGACUCCGAGACCGGUGUGCUGAAGCUCUGCGACUUUGGCAGUGCCAAACAGCUGGUCACUGGAGAACCAAAUGUGUCUUACAUCUGCUCCAGGUACUAUCGUGCCCCGGAGCUCAUUUUCGGGGCCACGGACUAUUCCACCAAGAUAGAUAUUUGGAGCGCCGGUUGUGUAAUGGCGGAGCUCCUCCUGGGCCAGCUCAUUUUCCCCGGCGACUCGGGUGUGGACCAGAUCGUGGAGAUCGUUAAAGUUAUGGGCACUCCCACCACCGAGCAGCUGCGUGACAUGAACCCCCACUACAAGCAGUUUAAGCUGCCGCAGCUGAAGCCACAUCCCUGGCCCAAGGUCUUUAGGAUUCGCACACCAGCAGAGGCAAUAGAUCUGGUCUCCAAGAUGCUUAUAUAUUCGCCCAAUUCCAGGGUUUCCCCGUUGAUGGGUUGUGCUCAUCCUUUCUUUGAUGAACUUCGCCAGGAUCCACACCAGCAAUUGCCCAACGGAAGGAGUUUGCCGCCGUUGUUCAACUUCACGGAAUACGAGAGAACCAUUGAGCCGGAUACACUGCCAUUGCUGCAGCCGCGCGGUCCGGGAUCGGCUCCCACCAAGGACUCGGGUCCUGGCCAACGGAAUCGCAAUACUGCCGGUGAAGAGAGUCCCCGGAAAAUAGAUGCCAGCCAUAAAGAGCCAUCUGUGGGGCUCUUAAAGUCCCCGGAAGCCUCAACCAAGGGAAUCGGAUCCCCGCCACCUUUUUUGCGACACGAUUUGGGAAACGGCGACCAUUUGGCUGUGGGAACUGUGCCAAUGGAUUCCCUUAACCUCGACCAGGAUAGUUCCGGGGUAAGCGAGGAAGCCGAAGGAGAUGCCGAGGACAAUAUUGACGAGGAUGCUGCGGACGAAAAUGAAUACGACGACGAUGACGACGAUGGGCAGUUCAACAGCGCGAACAGCAACAACGUCAGCGAUGACUUGGAAGACGCGUCCGACGACGAGGACCUCCAGGAAGAGGAGGAGGACUAAGCGGGUUCUAUCAUAGCCCGCCGGACCUCAAACCACCAGACAUUCGAAUGUCAGAUUAUAAUCACACGUGAUUUGUAAGACAGCAAAAUUCCUGUUUCAGAUUAAACUGUAAAAUUGAUAGUCGCUUUAA